UUAUGAUGAUGAUGUUGAUGUGGGGAGGGGGGAAUGUUGAAAAAUAUUUUGGACGCCAUCUUUUCUUCCCCUUGUAUAUUAAAACAUUUUUUGGGGGUAAGUCCCCCUCAACUUUUUUUUUAAAAAACCCUUGGAGUGUCAAAAAACAGAGAGGGGGGAGGAAAAAAGAAAGCUGAAGCACAGGAAAAAGAACAACAACAAAAAGUGUGAAGGAUAACUUUUUUUUUCUUGCAAGAGUAGCUUCUUUUCUUUUAGCAGCUGAGUGGGUUUUUUUGUUGUGCAGGGAGUUUUCCCCCGCCUGUGUGCAUUUUUUCUUUUUUUUUAAGAGAAAGAAGGGGGAGAUAUUAGGUAGAUUUUUCUAUGGUUGUUGGGUUCCCGAGAGGACAUGGCAUCCCCACUGAGGCAAGAAGAAGAGCAGGAGGAGGAGGAGGAGGAGAUGGACGAAGGCGGCCCGCUUUUCCCGCCAGCGGCAGUUGCAGAGGAGAAUGUGGAGGAAGUCAUUGAAGGACACUCUGAAGGUGAUGGUGUCAAAAAGAGACGAAAGAAACUGCUGAAGAAACAAAAAGAAAAUAAGCCAGCUAAAACCAAAAAGCGGAAGAGACUGGAAAGUGAGAAUGAGCUUGGCUCUGAGCUGGAAGAUCUCAAAGAAAACUCAGACAGCGGUUGCAGCGACUUUGGCAAGAAGAAGAGGAAGAAACGAAAGGAGAAGAAAGAGAAGAAAAUCAAGCGUCGGAAAAAGGAUCAGGGUGAUGAUGAUGAAGAGGAGGAAAGUCGUAAGCCUGAACCGAAGUCCUCGGCCCGGCUGCUUGAGGAUUGGGGGCUGGAAGAUGUGGACCACAUAUUCACCGAGGAUGACUAUCGCACUUUAACCAACUACAAGGCCUUCAGCCAGUUCAUGAGGCCUCUCAUUGCCAAGAAGAACCCCAAGAUUCCAAUGUCGAAAAUGAUGACAAUUCUUGGUGCCAAGUGGAGGGAGUUCAGUGCCAACAGUCCAUUCAAGGGAUCAGCAGCUGCAGUAGCCGCAGCAGCUGCAGCAGCAGCAGUAGCAGCUGUAGUAGAGCAGGUGUCUGCCAGUGCCUCCACGGGACCCCUUUCUGCCCUGCCAGUGCCACCCAUCCGCAAGGCCAAGACCAAAGAGGGCAAAGGCCCUGGUGCAAAAAAGCGGAGCAAGAGCCCAAGGGUCCCAGAAGGAAAGAAGAAAAAGAGGAAGAAGAUGGCUACCUUGAAAAUCAAGCUAGGCAUAAUGGGAUCAAAAAGGAAGAAAAGCUCCUCAAGCGAUGAGGCAGACUUGGAUGGGGAUUCUGAUUUUGACAAUGCCAGUGUGCACAGCUCAUCCAUUCGAUCUGAUAGCUCAGUUGGGCCCCUGAAAAAAGCAAGGCUUAAAGCAAAAGUUGGCAGAAAGAAGAGGAAGAUGAUUGGUGAGGAGGAGGCGGAUGGAUACGAGACUGAUCAUCAGGAUUACUGCGAGGUUUGCCAGCAGGGAGGAGAGAUCAUCUUGUGUGAUACCUGCCCUAGAGCUUACCACUUAGUCUGCCUGGAUCCAGAACUGGACAAAGCCCCAGAAGGGAAGUGGAGCUGCCCACACUGUGAAAAGGAGGGUAUUCAAUGGGAAGCAAAGGAAGAGGAAGAGGAGGAAGAAGAAGAGGAGGAGGAGGAGGAAGAGGAAGAAGCGGAGAUGGGGGCUGAACGGGAAGAAGAGGAUGACCACAUGGAAUAUUGUCGGGUCUGCAAAGAUGGCGGAGAGCUGCUGUGCUGUGACACCUGCCCAUCUUCCUACCACAUUCACUGCCUCAAUCCGCCACUUCCAGAGAUCCCCAAUGGCGAGUGGCUUUGUCCUCGCUGUACAUGCCCACCAUUGAAAGGCCGGGUCCAGAAGAUUCUUCACUGGCGAUGGGGGGAGCCUCCACAAUCAGUGCCAGCACCCAGACCACCCGAUGCCAACCCAGAGGACUCUCCGCCGAAACCACUGCAGGGCCGGCCUGAGCGGGAGUUUUUCGUUAAGUGGGCUGGCUUGUCAUACUGGCACUGUUCCUGGGUCACUGAACUCCAGCUGGAGAUUUAUCACUCGGUUAUGUUUCGGAAUUAUCAGCGGAAGACUGACAUGGAUGAGCCGCCUCCAUUUGACUACUGCUCUGGAGAUGACGAUGGCAAGAGUGAUAAACGGAAAGCCCAUCACCCUCAGUAUGCUGCCAUGGAGGAGAAGUUCUAUCGCUAUGGGAUAAAGUUGGAGUGGAUGACCAUCCAUCGAAUCUUGCAGCACAGCAUUGACAGGAAAGGAAAUUACCACUACCUGGUGAAGUGGAGGGAUCUACCAUAUGAUCAGGCCACCUGGGAGGAGGACGAGCUGGAAAUCCCAGAUUAUGACUCCAUCAAAGUUGCAUACUGGAAUCACAGGGAGAUGAUCAUUGGGGAGGAUCCAACCAGGCCCAAGAAAACCAAAAAUUUCAAGAAAAUUAAGGAGUUUUUGGCAGAGAAGCCACCCAGCUCGCCUGUAGUAGAGCCUACAAUUAAGUAUGAGGUACAGCCGGAUUUCAUCACAGUCACUGGCGGAACUCUGCACAUGUACCAGCUGGAGGGUCUAAAUUGGCUGCGAUUUUCCUGGUCACAGGGCACUGAUACCAUUCUGGCUGAUGAGAUGGGACUGGGAAAAACCAUCCAGACCAUUGUAUUCUUGUAUUCUUUGUAUAAAGAGGGACACACGAAAGGCCCCUUCUUGGUCAGUGCUCCCCUAUCCACAAUCAUCAACUGGGAGCGAGAGUUUGAGAUGUGGGCACCAAAUUUCUAUGUGGUAACAUACACAGGAGACAAGGAUAGCCGUGCUGUCAUCCGGGAAAAUGAAUUUUGCUUCGAUGAUAAUGCAGUUAAAGUCAGCAAGCGGGCAGUCAAAAUCAGGAAUCAGGCACAGGUGAAGUUUCAUGUUUUAUUGACCUCCUAUGAGUUGGUCACCAUUGACCAGGCAGUUCUCAGCUCCAUUAAGUGGGCCUGUCUAGUGGUAGAUGAAGCACACAGAUUAAAGAACAAUCAAUCGAAGUUUUUCAGAGUAUUGAAUGGUUAUAAGAUUGAUUGGAAGCUGUUGCUAACAGGGACUCCUCUGCAGAACAACCUGGAAGAGCUCUUCCAUCUGCUGAACUUCCUGACACCCGACCGCUUCAAUAAUCUGGAGGGUUUCCUUGAAGAAUUUGCUGACAUCUCAAAGGAGGACCAGAUCAAGAAGCUCCACGAUCUUCUCGGUCCCCACAUGUUGCGACGCCUUAAAACAGAUGUCUUUAAGAACAUGCCAUCCAAGACUGAAUUGAUUGUUCGUGUGGAGUUAAGCACGAUGCAAAAGAAAUAUUACAAAUUUAUUCUGACGAGGAACUUUGAUGCCCUCAACUCCAAAGGAGGUGGGAAUCAGGUGUCACUGCUGAAUAUCAUGAUGGAUCUGAAGAAGUGUUGUAACCACCCUUACCUCUUCCCUGUGGCCGCCAUGGAGGGUGCAAAGUUGCCAAAUGGUGCAUACGAAGGCAGUGCAUUGAUCAAGUCCUCUGGAAAACUGAUGCUGCUCCAGAAAAUGUUGAGGAAGUUGAAGGAUCAGGGCCACAGAGUGCUGAUAUUUUCUCAGAUGACUAAAAUGUUGGACCUAUUGGAAGACUUCCUGGACUAUGAGGGAUACAAGUAUGAAAGGAUUGAUGGGAGUGUCACUGGUGGAAUGAGACAGGAAGCCAUUGAUCGAUUCAAUGCACCGGGUGCUGUUCAGUUUUGCUUCUUGCUGUCGACCAGAGCCGGGGGUCUUGGCAUUAACUUGGCCACGGCAGACACAGUUAUCAUUUUCGACUCGGACUGGAAUCCCCACAAUGAUAUCCAGGCCUUCAGCAGAGCUCACCGCAUUGGCCAGGCAAACAAAGUGAUGAUCUAUCGCUUUGUCACUCGAGCUUCUGUGGAGGAGAGAAUAACGCAAGUGGCCAAGAGGAAGAUGAUGCUCACUCAUCUGGUGGUGCGCCCUGGCCUUGGCUCCAAGACUGGGAGCAUGAGCAAGCAGGAGCUGGAUGAUAUACUCAAGUUUGGCACAGAGGAGCUCUUUAAAGGAGACAUUGAAGGUGAUAACCGAGACGAGGACAGUAGUGUCAUUCAUUAUGAUGGGGCUGCCAUUGACCGAUUGCUGGAUAGGAACCAAGAUGCUACCGACGACACCGAUAUCCAAAGCAUGAAUGAGUACCUGACCUCCUUCAAGGUGGCUCAGUAUGUUGUCCGUGAGGAGGACAAGGAAGAGGAGAUUGAGAGAGAAAUUAUCAAACAAGAAGAGAAUGUCGAUCCUGAUUACUGGGAAAAGUUGCUGCGUCACCACUAUGAGCAGCAACAAGAGGACUUGGCACGGAACCUGGGCAAGGGCAAGCGGGUCCGCAAGCAGGUCAACUACAAUGAUGCUGCCCAAGAGGAUCAAGACUGGCAGGAUGAUGUUUCAGACAACCAAUCAGAAUAUUCAGUAGGCUCGGAGGAAGAGGACGAAGACUUUGAUGAAAGGCCUGAAGGCCGCCGACAGUCUAGGCGUCAGCUCCGAGGCGAGAAGGACAAACCACUUCCACCACUGCUGGCUCGAGUGGGUGGGAAUAUUGAGGUGCUAGGAUUUAACACUCGGCAAAGGAAGGCUUUCUUGAAUGCAGUAAUGCGAUGGGGGAUGCCACCUCAGGAUGCUUUCAACUCUCAGUGGCUGGUCAGGGACCUCCGUGGCAAGAGUGAGAAGGAGUUCAAGGCUUACGUGUCCCUGUUCAUGAGGCAUUUGUGUGAACCUGGAGCUGAUGGCGCUGAAACAUUUGCAGAUGGAGUACCUCGUGAGGGUCUCUCAAGGCAGCAAGUCCUGACCAGAAUAGGUGUCAUGUCACUGGUGAAAAAGAAGGUGCAGGAAUUUGAACACAUCAACGGGAAGUGGAGCAUGCCAGAGUUCAUGCCAGACAUCAGUGCUGAUUCCAAGAAAUCAUCCAGAGCCUCAUCUCCGCUAGUGAAGACAGCCACAACAACCCCGGAGCCCAGCUGCAGCAACACUCCCUGCACUUCAAAACCAGCCACUCCAGCUCCAAGCGAUAAGUUAGAAGGAAGUGGAGCUCCUGUUGAGAAGGAACUAACAGAUGGCAAAGAGGAAGAAGCGAAUGGCAGUGAAAAGGUAGAAUUGGAGACUCCCAGUGCAGAAGAAGAUCCCGUGGCCACUGAAAAGCCGGAGGCUCAGCCAUCUGUUACUGAAGAGGUUAAAGAGCCGCCAGAAGAGGAAAAGGAGAAUGCAGAAAGCGAAGUGCAGGAAUCAAUGCCCAAAGAAGAAAAACAAGAACCUGAAAGGAGUGGUGGAGACACACUCGUCGAAAAAUCUGAAGCAAAUUUGGAGACAAAGGAGAAAACUGAACAAGAAACGACUGAUGUGAAAGAAGAGACCAAAACAGAGAAGGAUCUGAAAUCCAGUACCAUAAAGGAUGAAAACAAAAGCAAUGGGAAGAGAGAGGAGGACAGGAUGGAGAAGUGCAAAUUCAUGUUUAACAUUGCUGAUGGCGGCUUUACAGAGCUUCAUACCCUGUGGCAGAACGAGGAGAGGGCUGCAAUAUCUUCUGGAAAAGUGUCUGAGAUCUGGCACCGCCGUCAUGACUUCUGGCUGCUCUCUGGUAUUGUUGUCUAUGGAUAUGCCCGGUGGCAGGACAUUCAGAACGAUGCACGCUUUGCCAUCAUCAAUGAGCCCUUCAAGCUGGAGGUGAACAAAGGAAACUUCCUGGAGAUGAAAAACAAGUUUUUGGCCCGACGGUUUAAGCUCCUGGAACAGGCUCUGGUAAUUGAGGAGCAACUGCGGAGGGCAGCUUACCUGAACAUGACACAGGACGCUAACCAUCCAGCAAUGGCCCUCAAUACCCGCUUUGCAGAGGUAGAGUGCCUGGCAGAGAGUCACCAACACCUUUCCAAGGAAUCACUGGCCGGAAACAAGCCUGCAAAUGCUGUUCUGCAUAAAGUUCUAAACCAAUUGGAAGAGCUGCUGAGUGACAUGAAAGCAGAUGUGACCCGCCUCCCCUCCACGCUGUCGCGAGUCCCACCAAUAGCCGCUCGCCUCCAGAUGUCAGAGCGCAGCAUCCUCAGCCGAUUGGCCAACAAGGGAACAGAAUCCACAAAUACGCCGACCUUUCCACCAGGUCCGUACACAACAUCUCAAACUUUCGGUGGCUCUUUUGGGCCACCUGCACCUGUGAGCGCACCAGGCGGCCCGAUGAAUUUCAGUCAGGUGCCAGGAGGCUCCUUCGUAACAGCAUCCAAUGGUCCUUCUGCUUUGGAGAAAAAAGAGAGCAUCAAAGAAGGAGUGAACGUGGAAAAGAAAGAGAAGAGAGGGGAAAUAAUAUGUAUAGAUGAUUGACCACCCUUCCUGCCCUCACUAUCAGUUGUGUUCAUAUUUUGUUUUGAGAGAUGAAACACAAGACUAAAGAUAUCCUUCAUGUGUGUUUUUGCCCCAGGGGUUUGUGUGUGUGCGUGUGUGUGUGAGUGAGUAUGAGAAGGAACAUCUCUCCUUGAAAAGAUGGGUAAAUAACAUACUAGAUACCCCUCCAAUUACCUCCUUCCUUCCUUCCAACAUCCCAAACUCGCAGAGCCAGCAGUCAAGAGGCAAACCACUGGUGGCAGUAGUCAUUGUGUUUCUCUGUCGGUGAUCCUAACUUUGAGUAGUUAUAGAAAUGUAGAAUCUUUUCCAUCCAUGACUUAUCCCAACCCACCUAUUUGUGGUUCUUUCUCACAGUUGACAAGUAAAAAUGGGCACAAUCUAAACAAGCCAACCUGCUGUCAGGAAUGGUGCUGAGCUCAGCAAAUAAGCCCUUGAACUCUUAUUUAAUCUCAGACUAGUUAUACAGUUCGGAGAAUGAAGGUGUGGGGAAUGUGCUUAGUUCUCAACAUUGUCCCCGCUGCAAAAUGCACCAUGGAAUGUCUAUGGAUGGGCUCCCUCAUCAGGGAUCAAAUCUUGUUCUGGCUAGUUAUCUCCCAGUUGGCCUAGCUGAUGGGUAGUUGCACUACUGACAGGGCUAUUGUGAAUGCAUUGGGCCUGAUUGCAUGUCGGGUCAGUGAGAAGUGGGCUGGUGGUCAGAAGGAAUUCUGAGCAGUGCAGCCUGGUCAUGUAUGGUGUGCAGAAACCUUUUUGUGUGCAUGUCAUAAAUUGGUUUCUUGAGAUUCUGUCUAUACUUUGGAUGGGAGGUUGAGAUAGGGAUACUGUAAUCUUGGCAGCAAUUGUAGGGUACUGCAGCUUUAAACUUUGUUCAAGUUCUUUAUAACAGACCCCCUUUUUGCAUGUGUCUGAAGGAGCUGUGGUCCACAUCUGAUUGCAUUUCUGGUCCCUAUUGUCAAAAUGUUUUUGUGCCUGUACUCUGACUCAUAAGGAUAGCCAUUUUGAAACAACUUGGCUGUUGGAUUAUACAGCCAAUAAUGGUGUUCUUGUUUCUUUAAAUUAGAUCAUGAGUUGGUUUGAGGGUUGGGGAGGUAGGAACUGGGAUGGGUAGAAAAAAAACCCUGUUUCUGAACAAUGCUAGACAUUGGCAUUCUGUGCAUUUCUAUACCUGGCCAUUGGUUCUCACUCAUGGUCUGGAGUUCAUUAAAUGAAGACUGGUUUUAAAUGUGCAAAGAGCAGAAGGUGAAAGGCCAGAAGGAUGGGAGUCAGCAACAAUGAAUGGAAAAUGGGUUAAUAUUCUCGGCGGGGGGGGGAGUGGGGAGGGUUGUUACUGGAAAGAAGCUGACUAGCUGUAUUGUGGCCAGUAUGUUCUCUUUCCUAAGCUGACUGACUCGCUGUGCUCACUUUAUUUAAUGUUUACAUUUAAUCUGGAUGUGUUAAGCAUAAGAGUUUUAAAUUUACUCUAUAAUUACUACAAUCACCUUUCACUAAACUCCUAAGCUGUGAUCCCUGACAGGAGGGGUAAGACAAACUGCUAUUCUUGCUCCAUAUGCCCAAGACCACCAGAAAUUCGGGAGGAUGGAGGGGGUUUGAGAUGCACAGCUUGAACUUGUUCCCUUGUCCUCUCCACCCAGGGUCCUCCCACUCACCAAGGAGUUGAUCUUGGUAUCUAACAAAGUCGUCUGGAAAAAUGAGUCUCCUUUUCCUUCACCCUCCUUACCCAUAACCCUUCCACUCCUUCGCCACCGUCUUUAGGUGAACUUCCUCAUCCCUGAUCGUGGUCCUACUAUUUUCCUGGGUAUAUCUAUUACACACCCCUCCUGGGCUAGGAGUGUCUGGGGUCAAGUGGAGCAACAGCACUUGGUAAGGUGGAACCCACGGACUUGGUACAGGUUCCCUCACUAGCCAGCCUACAGGAGCGAAGGCAGCUGAAAACUCUGCUUCCUCACAACCCUGCCCCUUCCACAAAGUUGCCCCGCCAUAGAAUAGCUUCCCAAAAGUUACUUCCUUGGUUUGAGCUUCAAGAUGCCAAUGAGGUUAGCUAGUAAGGGUUAAGAGUGGGGUGGCACCAAUUCCAGGGAUAUUCUGGGACCGGGGGGGGAGGUGGGAAGAAUAUCGUGCCAGUUCUGUGCCAUAUGCAUUGUAUAUGUUACUUCCGUGACCUGGGUUGUCAUUGCUUUCUCGCAGUCUGUCUCAAUCCGUUCAACACCAGCAUGGUGAGCAAGUGUGGGGCAAAAAGACUGCUUACAAAGGAAAAAAAUAUAUAUUCUUUAAAUUAUGUCUGCAUAAUAAUCUGUUUCAGCUGACAUCUUAUUACUUAAUAUCCUUUGUUUUAAAAGAAUAUUUUGAAGAAUUGUUUUUUUCAUUAAAGUUUUUGUUUUGUUACACAUUUGAAAUUGUCUCCAUUGUGCAUUGAUCCUAUAUCACUGGGAGGAUCUGGCUGAGAGC